AUGUUGCCCCACGCGGCUGCAGCCGCGUCCACACCAAAGCCUAACAAGGCAAUCCAAAACAAAGACCUCGAGUGGUGGUCAAGAUUUCAACCCCUCUUCUCUUUCUCUUUCUUUUCCUCUCUCACCACCAUCCCUCUCCUUCUUUCUCCACGAUUCGCCUUGAGCCCUUUAUCUCCUCGAAACCGCUUGCAAGUUGCAACACAACAAACCUUCCGUCCUCGUCUUGACCGCUACGCAAGAUCUCUCAACUAUCAACUUGGGAGCUGCCAUGUUGUCGUCUCGGGAGGGCCCACAAAACAGCCGCAACUCGGGCUUAGCAUCUUCGGCACCUCCAACCAGAGAAGUUCACCCCCCGUCAACCCUCUCACACCGCACCGCCCCUUUGGAGCUUCGAGCUUUGCCCUCUUCGGCCGCCGACAUCCGACGCACCCUCCUGUGCAUCGGAUUGUGAUCCCAAGGUUUGACCUCGACAACUGGACUCCAGGCCCUGUAACGGGCGCUAUCCGUGUCCGACACCCGGGCGCAUUCCUGCUGCAGCCAGAGCCGAUCAUCGAGUACCUACCCUCGACCGCCACCAGCAACCCUCACCACCUCCCUCAGCUGUUCCCUCACGAGGACUUCGCAUCCCGUCGAUCGCGUCCCCGUUCGUCCCGCUUCAUCGAGCACAUCGACGACUCUGUCUCGGAGCGUCGAACUGGUCGCCGUCGAGCCCCAGGCAAUCUGCGAGACCAGGACCGUCACCGGUACGGCUCGCGCGACCGGCGUGCCCAGGGAAGCUCGAGCAAUCGCGGCGGUCGUCGCACUUCGACUCGGGCGAGUACCCUUACCGGCACCAUCUUGGAUGCCGUUCGGGAGGAGCACAACCUCCAUCGUCGCCGCUGGUACCACUAUUAG